AUGAUUAAUCCAAUGAUUUUGUUAUUCAGAGAAUGUGUAAAAAAUAGAUUGAUAAUUCCUGGAAAAGAGAAACAAACAUACUGUGAUGUGGGUGGAUGUGAACAAAGUCAAGAAUGUUAUGAAUUUAAAAUUCCUAAUGAUUAUCUAUCUAAUGAUAUCUUGACGCCUAAUAGACUAGAGUCAAACCUGGUUUCCAGAAUACUUCUGGCUUACUUUAAGGAUACAAAGAAACAAGAUAUUCAGCCGUUCUGUGAUACUCCAUGGGAAAAAAGAUGUAUAAAUUAUGACAGGGCAAUAGGUCGAUGUUCACUGUUUGAUUCGGAAACUGAGCUGCCGUUACACUUUCAGUAUGCCGAUAAUUCUUUUAAUGUACCUCGUGAUAAACAAACGUAUUAUUCAGGUCCCGAUAUAUAUGAUUACUGUCCUGUCUAUGAAAUGUUUAAACUAUACAAUGGUCGAACAUCAGCAUGCAGAUUCAAUCUGAACCUAAAAUCAGAUCUAAUAAAUAAUGAAUAUCUAGAAGAUAUGGGUCCAGAUUCAACCUGCUUUGAUCACGAAAAGAUCUUGAGAAAAAACAAAACAACAAAUGAAGCUUAUCCUAGAACAUCAUCAUGUCAUAAAUAUAAAUGUUCGAAAAAUGCUGAUCUUCAAGUGAUUAUAAAUGGAAAGAGUUUCCCAUGUCGCGCUGGCGAUCGAUCUGCUCAUUUGAAGUUGGAAGUACAAAAUGUUGAAUUUUCCACGGAUAUACAUUGUCCUCCAUGUCAAUCUGUCUGCAAUGUUGGUUGA